AUGUCUCGAAUUGCCACACAACGGCUGAUUGCCGCGGCUCCAUGCCUACGCAGCGCAUCCAUUGCGCAUGCCGCCCCUCGAGCCGUCUACUUCCAUGCGCGGCACUCGAGCUCCCUGCCGACGGUUGCGCAGUCCGACUUCUGGAAGGGCCUGAUCCCGAAACCAUUCCGUCGCGAACCGCAGCUCCCCGGCGACCCGUCGAUCAAGCGGGUCAAGUCGAAGAAGAAGAAGGAAUGGAACCCAGCAACCUUCUACAUUGUCAUAUUUCUCUUGAUCGGUUCCAUGUCGAUUAAUAUGCUGUCGAGCAAGCAGUCGUUCGAAGCUUUCUCACGCCAAGCUGACGUCCGUAUCGGGGUCUUGAAAGAGGUCGUGGAGAAGAUACAGCGUGGCGAGAAGGUUGACGUGGAAGAGGCACUUGGCACGGGCGACCCUCAGAAGGAGUUGGAGUGGGAAGAGAUGCUGAGAGAGAUUGAACGUGAAGACGUGUCACGACAGAAGAAGCAGGAAAAGUCACGGCAGACGGAGAGCGUGAAGAGCAAGCCCGAAAAGGAAGCCAAAUCGCAUUCGACAGGGGUCUCUGAGGCUGCGAAGCCACCGGCACGAGGCAUGUCGAGCUUCUUCUAG